AAAUGCCGUCCUACAAGCUGUCUUAUUUCCCAGUUCGUGGUCUAGCCGAGUCAGCCAGACUUUUAUUCCAUCUUGCCGGAGUUCCGUUUGAGGAUGAACGGGUGAACUUUUUGGAUGACACCUGGGAGAAGAUGAAAGGCAAAACCCCAAUGGGACAAUUGCCUGUCCUCACCGUCGAUGACUUCGAAAUCCCACAAUCUGCUGCCAUAAAUCGCUACCUUGCUAGAAAAUUCGGGUUCGCUGGAAAAACUCCAGAGGAAGAAGCUUGGGUAGACGCCGUCGUCGAUCAAUUCAAAGAUUUCUUUGCGGAAUUCAGAAAACUAGUCAUUGCAAAACGAGUCGGAAAAUCUGCUGAAGAACUGGAAAAGUUAACGGCUGAAGUUAUAAAACCUGCUAUGGAUGUGUACUUCAAAGUUCUCAAUGGCCUACUGGAAAAGAGCAAGUCAGGAUAUCUGAUCGGAGAUUCAAUCACCUUCGCGGAUCUUUAUAUCGCUGACAACAUUCAAACACUGAAAAAAUAUGGGCUCCUAGAAGCUUCUGGAGAGCAACCAAAACUAGCAGCUCAUCUCGAAAAAGUGUAUUCCCACCCCAAUCUGAAGAGCUAUAUCGCAAGUCGUCCAGUAACGGAGAUCUAAUUUUUAAUCUUACUAACAUGUUUUCCAUAUUCAAAAACAAAAUAAAGAAGUUUCCUUUGACAACCAGAAA